CCGGAAUAUGAUCUGUUACCAAUGAUGGGGGUUGGACGUGAGUUCGACCAGAACGGCAUCAUUGUCUGUCAAAUCAAUGCUGAGAUCCAUCACGGUCACACCGACUAUCAGGAGCGAUUCGCUGCUGUCCUACAACAAUUACUCUCAGAUCGUCGCUAUGCAAUCUUCAAAGUAGUCACUACAACACAUCAUCGAACGUGCCUUCUUAACUUCGAACAUCGAGAAUGCAUUGAAAAAUACAUUCUGCAGUAUUUUAGGUAG